AUGAUUGAAGGAACUAUCGUCACUAUUAUUUUUUGCGGAAGCUUGAUAGGACUUGGUAGCUACCUGCAGUCUAAAAAAUAAAGAAAUUAAAUACAAAGAGAGAAUAUGAUUAACUUUUUCUUACAAAAAAUAAACUAAUUUGAAAAUGACUUGAAAUAGGAGACAAGAGAUUUUAAGAUUCUUAUAAAUUAAGUUUACAAUGAGUUUUAUAAGAUUUCUACUUAAUUUUAAAGUCAAAGCAUUUUUCAAGAAAAUCAUAAAAGAAAUACCUAAAGUAUAUAAUCAUAGGUAGACCAUUUAAUUUCUGAAUUAAUUAACUUGAAACCAUCUACCUUCAAUAUAAUUGAUUAAAUAGAAAAAAAAGCAAGUUCAUCCAUCUAAAAUCCUAUUUAAGAUAGCUUCUACAAUCUGCUUACUCAAGAAAUUAGAGAGGACGUAUUUAAAAAAUAGAUCAAAUUAGAAGAAGUUUACCUCAUAUAGAUAUUUUUAAUUCUCAUUAACUCCUUUCCUAUUUAAGAAUCCAUAGAAUAUGUUUGCUUUAGAGCACAUUAUCUUUUUAAUUCAAUAGUUAUUAAAUAUUUGAGAAAAAUUCUCAUCUAUAAGAUUUCUUAGUAAAAUGAAGAAACUAUUCUUUCUAUCUUUGAAAAGCUUUAUAAAACAGACGACUCCAGAGCAGAUGAAAAAACUUUAAUCUAAAUAUACUCCCUUCCAAACAUCAGCUUAGAAAGCAAAAAGAUUUUCAUAAAAGGCCACAUAUAUAAAUUUAAAAAUGAUGAUAGCAGCUCAACACUUUUAAAUUCUGCUGUAAAUAAUUGGAUUUUAAAUGAACAAAAUUCAGGAGAUUUCAUGGUUAGAAUAAAGAGAUUAAUUAACAUGCAUUCAAAAAAAGAAUGA